AUGGUUGCUCUACCCGAUCCGACCUCUGUUAAAGUCUACACUGUUAAUGGCCCUGCGUCCGGUUCUUCAUCUUCCCUCCCGGACUGGCUCACGCGUAAACGGGCUGCAAAAGGGAAAGGAAAACGCGCCGCUGUUCGUGAACAGGUUGAAGGUACCAUCGAGCUCAUUCAACACUUCGAGUUCCCGGAGGCAAGCAACAAGAUUAAAAGCAGCCGAGAUGGACACCAUAUUGUCGCGACGGGGACGUACAAACCCCAAAUCAAGCUGUGGGACCUCGAUCAGCUGUCGCUGAAGUUUGAGCGGCACACAGACGCAGAGAAUGUAGAUUUCAUUAUGCUCUCGGAUGACUGGACAAAGUCUAUCCACCUUCAAAACGACCGCUCGGUCGAGCUUCAUACGCAGGGAGGAUUCCAUUACCGCACUCGAAUACCUCGGUUUGGACGCGCCUUGGCAUACCAUUUCCCCUCCUGUGACGCCCUUGUUGCAGGAUCCGGACCAGAAGUUUAUCGACUAAACCUCGAUCAAGGACGUUUCUUGAAUCCAUUGCACCUCCAAGGUGACGGUGGAGAGGACAUUUCUGGCGUAAAUGUGAUUGAUAUCAAUCCGGCGCACCAAUUAUUCGGAUUUGGCAUCGAGGGGAAUGGCACGGUCGAGUUCUGGGACCCGCGUUCGCGCGCACGGGUAGGCAUCCUGCGGUUGCCCAAAGACCGAUUGAUGCCAAUUGGUGCUGCUUCCGUGCCCAUGCUUCCAGGCAUUAGUGAUGGCACCGAACGAUCGCUAUCCGUGACCGCAAUAUCUUCACGAACAGAUGGUCUCUCGUAUGCGAUCGGGGCGUCAAGCGGUCACACUUUACUUUAUGACAUACGAUCAACGCGUCCGAUGGCAAUCAAAGACCAAGGUUAUGGCUUGCCCGUCCAAAAUGUUAUCUGGAUCGAAGGAGGAGGCCGAAUGGCCGGUGACGGCUUGGUACUCAGUGCUGACAAGAAGGUCAUCAAGAUUUGGGACCGCACUUCUCCUGAGGCAAAUUUUGCGUCUAUCACGCCCGCCCAAGAUAUUAACGACGUGCAUCACGUUCCGGAUAGUGGUCUACUCAUGUUAGCAAACGAGGGUAUCCAAAUGACCACUUAUUUCAUUCCACAACUCGGUCCCGCACCACGCUGGUGCAGUUUCCUCGAGAAUCUUACCGAGGAGAUGGAGGAUCAGACAGCGCGCACAGCUUACCAGGACUACAAAUUUAUUGAACGCAGCGAGCUCGCAAGCCUUGGGUUAGACCAACUUGUCGGCACACCAGCACUGAAGCCAUACAUGCAUGGAUACUUUGUAUCCCUCCAGCUGUAUGACACUGCGCGUGUGAUAGCAAACCCGUACGUAUAUGCAGAGCAUCGCGAGCGUGUUGUGCGCGACAAGAUGGAGAAGCUUGCAGAGAGCCGGAUCCGCACGCGCAAAGACGUGGGUGUUAAGGUAAACAAGGCGCUCGCUGAAAAAAUUCGCAAGGAAGAAGAGCGCGCUCAGAAACGCGAAGAGAGACGCAAGGCAAAGAAGGUGCACGAGGACGAAGAAACCGAUGGGGAGGCUGAAGAGGCAAUGGAUGUAGACGAGGAGGAUGACAAGGGUAAGAAGGAAAAGCCAAACUUGCUGAGCGACCCUCGCUUCAAAGAGCUGUUCGAAAAUCCCGAGUUUGAGGUGGACGAAAACACCAGAGAAUUUGCCUUACUCAACCCAUCCACUGUGGCUCGGCGACAAAAUCGACAAGAUGCAGCGAGCGAUGGACGUAGGCGGACUGCUGUGGAGGAAGAAGAGGACGACAGUGACAAGUCUUCGUCUGACGGUUUGAGCGACAGCGAGGGGAGUGAGGAAGACAAGAGCGGCAGCGAAGAUAGCGAUGAAGCUGGCGCACUCUGGCAAGACGACAUUCGAACACGUAUGAUAGCAAGAGAUAGUGCGCGCGCGCGCACCCAUUCUCGGCCACAACAACGCACCCCCAACGUACAUCUUGUGCCGCUACAAGCUCAAGCCGCUGCGUCUGGUUCUGGAACGCACACCAUAGAUCCAAACGCUACCUUCGGACAACGACGCUCGGCAUUAACGAAUGGCGGUCUUGGAGGUCCUCGUAAAGUUAAGAACAAAGGAUCUGGUUCUGAUGUGCGAUUCACGUCUGAUGGGGGUAUGGAGGUUACAUUCACACCGUCGGCGACCGGCACACGCGACGGGGAUGAUGAGAUGAUUGGGGAGGAUCCCAGCGGAGGCAAGAGCGGGCACAACAGCAAACGUCCCGAGAAGGGGAGGAGAAAAGGUAUGGAGACGUUCGGAGCUGGCAUGUCGAGAGGUGCUCAGGAACACGAGCGAGAGAUGAACGAGAGUGAGCGACGAGGACGGACCCAACGACGAAAGGGCAUGCGGAGUGGGAGCAAAAAUACGUUCAGGAAGAGAUGA